AGAUUUUCGGUGAUCACGAGGAAUGAUUAGGGUUUCGCAUUAAGUCUGGCUAGGAUCAGUUACACGCUCGGACGGACACAGGUAUGACGUCUUCUGCAUGGCUCAGGAAUAUUGCCGUCAUUGUUUUGAUUGGAUGUUGUUCCUGCAAGGUCGUAUUGAUCACAGACCAUCGAAAUGGAAUGAGAGAAAAAGGCCGCCAAAAAGAAGUCUUCUCAAAACAACGCCAGUCUAAGGUAUGGAUGCCUGCGAGUCUUCGUUCCCGUGCUGAUAUUUCAGAACUGGGUUUAAUAGGACGCGGUACAAAUGGCCAGAUCUUCGGAACCCUUCUUUCUGACACCAAUGACGGCCCAUCUGCUCCACAGCAGAGUAUUGAGAACUUUAUCGACAGCUUCAGUACCCUUUUCCGCCCAACACCUUUACAACAAUCUAGCAUACCGAACACAGGGGACAACGCCGUUGCUGGGGGUGAUAUUAACUUCAGGCAAGGCGAAAUUACUUCGCCACGCUCUGGCGCAAGUAACAUCGUUUCUACGGCCAACACGGUCAGUAUGGCAAGAGCAUUUCCUGGUCAAAGAGGGUUUUCUGCUCUCUCAACUGAUUUUAUGAAUGGCACACAUGUACGGAUUGCAGGGAUGAUGCCUUCCCUUGGUCUCAGUGGGACAGCCAACACAAUGCCCGACACGAUUGGUUUCGAUGACACCAGGUCAACAACAGCCUUAUUAGGACAAAGAGACGGAUUUGCUGAUGAUGGUUCAUUAUUUGACGUCACUCAAGGUCAGGAUGUAGGCGGACCUGUAGCAACCGGUGGAAAUGAUGACACAUUUAUUAGCAAUCAAGGGGUGAGAAUGACUACUGGAAUAUCUUUGGGACAAAGUCGCCCUUCUCUACGUAUCGGAGAUGACAUGCGUUUUAGCCGGGUCCAAGAUUUCGGCGAGAUGACUGAACAACGCGACAGCAGUUCUGGCAUGCGAGGUAGCAGCAUAGAUGACAUAAAUUCGUUGUUCAACGCUAGAAUAGAUGGUUCAACAGGACCAAUUACUGGACAAAAUGGUGACAUUGUCUCAGAAGAUGUCGGUGUUGGUUUAUCUACUCGCAACCAAGACAGACCCACCCAGGUGUCAACACUUCGUACUGAUGAUACCAACGUAGGAAGUGUGAGCGCUUCAUCUCUUGGGAACAGUCUUAUUUCUAAUCUCCUUUCUAGAAUUUUCAGUACCCCUUCUAUGAACAAUGAUGAGUCGCUAACCGAAAUUGGAAAUGCCCUUGAUAGUAUGGCUGCUUCUGAAAGUGAUGUUGGUGGAGCUCAACUGCUAACCCAAACGGCAAAUAACGGAAUCACGGACAGUGCUCAGAUAACGACAGGUGGUCAAAGAGGAGCGACGGUAGGUUUUACCAAAUUUGAAGGUGCAAAUACUGAUGUGCUGAUUGGCUCAAAAGGUAUGAGGGCAUUCUCCCAAAAAAGUGAAUUUCAAAACGCCCAGGAUGACAGAACGAAGCUAAAUAACCAAUUAGCAAGAAGCCAGCGCAUUGACGAUGGAAAUAUAGGCCAAACUGCAAAAAAAGUAAUGCUGUCAGGUAACCAACCUCAAGCUAGGAAACUGCCCGGCAAGCCUUUAGGCAAAGGUAGUAGAUUAGAUUCUAGGAAAGGCAGCCGCAUGAUGUUUCCAUCGAAGACCCGCCUCUCUAGUAAUACAGCAAAAUCUCGAAAAAUAAUUGGCAGAAAACUCAAGACUGAUACUGUUGAUUCUAGGGACAUUGACUCGACAAGAACACAAUUCAAAUCCCGUGGUCCUUACAUGGUGUUCCAAACAAGCAAGCCAUCUAACGUUAAACCUGGUGGCUCAAUCAGUUCACCUGGCGUCCCAUCUACUGCAUUUAUACCAAGUAGUGCUAAUAGCUCACUCAGACGAAUACGACCUUCGUUCAGUGGAGCAACAGGCAGGCGUAAUCUAGUUUCUGGAAAUCAAGCUAGGAGAACAGCCAGCCAAACUCCUCCAUUAGUCACUGCGUCUCAAUUUCGUACUGGUGGAUCUGGCAAUGACGAUAGAUCGAGAAUGUUAGGUGCUUCAGGAUCCAACCCAAACUUCUCUCAAUCGGGAAUUCCAAGAAAUAGUUUGAGACAAAACCAAGGAAAUACAGCAAGUGUUUCAUCUGGUGCUUCAAGUGCUCAGAUUGGAAAUGCCCAAAGCUCCAACAGAAGGGGUGCGGCCAGCAUCUCUUCAUUGUCAGGUAGUGACAGAAGACCGUCAAUUCCAGUUAGAGUAUUUAUGAUUCUUCCAAACAGUGCGAGUGGAUCGAGCACUGGACCGUCUGGAGUGACAUUUAAUCCCUCUGCCAUUGGGAAAUCAAGAACGAAACAGACCCACAGGUUUAAAGCAAAUCUUGAGUCUCCCUUCGCGUUACCCAGCGUCUCAAUGGGAAGUACUUCCAAUUUUGGCGGGUCGGGCUUACCUGUUAGAGGUAGUGUUAUACCGAGCGGCAGGUCGUUACCCACGUCGUUCGGAAGGGGAGGUAGUAUUAGAAGUACUGGUUCCUUUUCUCGAAGGCUUCCAGUAGGCGGAAAUGGAAGAAUCGGGACCAACUUUGGUCCGAAUCGGUUCAUAUCUGGUGUACAAAAGGGGACAUUUCAAGGCCGCAUGAAUACCUCAGCAG